AUGUCCAUGCCUACCAGCUGGACGUCAGGCGCUGCGUAUGGCCUUGUAGCCAAAGCUACUCUCGGUCCCGAAGAAGUCAUUCCCAUGUUCCUCCUGGUUUCUUUCCGGGACAAAACAAACACUUCAGUGCCUGUUGCUUAUGCUGCAAACCAUAGCCGCGAAGUCGCAGGUGCUGGUUCCCUCCGAGACUGGCACAUUCUUGCCGAGUUCAGUGAACAUUAA